UACUCCUUCAAAAUGGCUUUGGUUACAUACAAUCAUAGAGAGAUUGCUGUAUCCAGUUCUAAUAGUAUAAAGAAUGUUACUCAUACUACCAGAUUCACUUGGGAAAUUCCAAACUUUUCGAGGUCGAACGUCCGACAAGGACAUCAGUCAGAAGUUUUCUCAGUGGGUGGCCAUAAAUGGAAAUUAGGUGCAUAUGGCGACAAGGAUAACAAUAAGUUAUCAGUGUUCCUUCUCCGUGCGGACUCGACUAAUAAUAUGCCGUAUGUCGAGUACAAAUUUACUGUCAUGAGUACCAACGAGAGAAAUAACGUGAUUAGAGUAUCCAACCACCAGUACACCAGAAGAGAUCCACAUCGCCGUCUUGGUUAUGAUCCACUCAUGCCUCUUCUUGAUUUCUUUGACCCUGCCAAAGGAUAUAUAAUCCGCAAUACUUGUACCAUCAGAGUUGAGAUUUCUUGCCGAGGGUGAGACUGAUUGCGACUAUGUCAGUAAGAGAAUAUAUAGUCUUGAAGACAUGCUUCCAAAGUUUAAAUGCAUUAAUGGAUCCGCAGAUGAUUAGUAAAUCAUUUAUUGGCUCUCAAUGAUGGAAUAAGCAGCCGUAUUUUAUCUGUAUUACUUUGGGAAAUAUCGCAAAUCCUGCAUGUCUUUGCGUCGAUUUGGAUAAUUAUUAUGUCUUUAUCUUUCUCUUUUC